GGGGUUUUUGGCUUCCUUCGUUUGCUUCCUCUUUCACCUUUCCUUGUAUUUCAUUUCUCGAAACCGGCUGUGCCUUGGUUACCUGUUUCUUCAAGUCGACAGCAGGCACUUGUCUUUUGUUUCCUUUCAAUUCUUCGUUUCCUCCCUCAUAUCUCUUUUGUCCAAAUUCCAGCAGCCGGCCCUGCAAUCCCCAGCAAAGAUGUAUACACAACAAUUGGUUUUUGUUGCGGCAGCGCUCUCUGCUCCGAUCCUCUCCUCGGCGAAUUGUAUGUACGGGACGAGUCUGUUCCCUCGUGCCGAAGGCGCCACUGUUGAGGUCUCGAACUUUGGGUAUGUGGGGCUUCAGGGCCCUCUCAACUGGGCAGCACUCUCUGCGGAGAACUCUGCUUGUGCAACUUCAAAAGUGCAGUCACCCAUAAACAUCGAUAGUACCAUCCAGCUCGCGCAGGAAGCUCCAAAAAUGGUUAUUAAAGACGUGGAGGCGGCGGAGUUCGAGAACCUGGGGACAACCGUGGAGGUCAUUUGCAAUGGUACAACAACUUUCGGCGGAAAGGACUUCAGCUUGCAGCAAUUCCAUUUCCACACGCCGAGUGAGCAUAGAGUUGCUGAGGAGUAUUUUCCAUUGGAGAUACAUAUGGUUCACGAAGCUGCAGACGGAUCCGGAGCAUUGGUGGUUAUAGCUUUGACCUUCCAACUGUCCGAAGAUGGGGCGACCACAGAGCUCUUGAGCGCGGUCACCGAGAACCUCGCCAAGAUUGCCACCCCCGGCACAGUAACUGAGACCGGUCCUCUAAAGUUCGCCGAAGUUAUCAACCACGUCCAGACAACCCCUCUCUUCCAGUAUACCGGGUCCUUGACCACCCCUCCCUGUGCCGAAGGGCUUACCUUCCUCGUUACUGAGAAGCCUCUCCCGCUCAACGUCAAGACGUACAACGAAAUCAAGUCUGUUGUCAAGUUCAACUCGAGGUACACCCAAAACUCUCCCGGCCAGGAAAACUUGAUCGCCGUCGGAGCCUCUGCAUUGGCUGGUGCCGGGGGUGCCGUUGCGGGUGAGGAUGCAAGAAAUGGAACUGCUGCUGCUGGAAACGCUACCGUUGUAGUUAAGCCCAAGCCAUCUGGUGGGGCCGCUGCUUCCACCAGUGCUAAGGGAACCGCUACUUCCAAGACUGCUGCUGCUGCCACCGGCAACGCUGAGGUUAAGGUAGAGGGCGAGCACCACUGCAUCCUCGGCUCCUGUCGCGAAGUCACUAAGGCUAAGCGGUUCCGCCGCCGCAGGUAA